CAAUCCCAUGCCGCACCUGACUAAAUAAAGGUGUUGCCGGAUUUGCUUGAUCAGCUCCUAGCCUUUAACUUCGUGCUAACCAGCAGCAGCUGUCCAUGCAUAUGUUUGGUAAUUCAGCUGUUAUCCUCUAGACGGAUGGCUACUUGCUUUCAGCAGGAAUGAUGUAUCUACGGUUCUUUGCCUUGGGCGUUGCGUGGGUUGCGCUUUUGCAAAUAGUGCAGGGAAGCCUGUUCCCGAACCGGUACGCCAUGUCCCCUUGCACACUCAAGAAGGAGCUCGAACAGAACUGCCAAGUGAAAAGCACCUACGGGAAGAACACGACCUCGGGGAGCUUCAAAGGCCUGUUGAUGAACUUUGGAGAGACCAAGUGCAGAGUGUCAAUAGAGCAGUGCUACCCCAACACCUGCUACUCCUUCCGAGACCUAACAGCCCAGCUGCCGACUGACUUCCUAGCGGUUGGGUCAACUGGGUUCUUCAAGCAGUUCGAGAUCAUCAGUGGUGGAAAAGACGUAACGAUGACGACGGAAGGCGUAUCUUUUGUCGCCACUUCAAGCGUCGUGCUGGUUGAGUAUAGCACCAUAACCUGCCAGGAGUUCUUCCGGUACCACGGCCGGGUACCUUACCAGCUAUGCAAUCGACCCCUUGAAGCGAUUACGCCUAUCGACACGAGAGGGCCAAACGCCUUGUCAUGUUCAGCAACGUAAGAGCCUACGUGGAGGCCCGGACAAGA